AUGGCAAGCUUAGCUAUCGUAACAGUAUCCAACAUUACCACCGAUCAAUAUGCUCUUCUUGCCUUGAAGGCUCAAAUUUCUUAUGAUCCUCGUAAUGUUUUGACAAGCAACUGGUCUGUCAGCUCCUCCAUUUGCAGUUGGGUUGGUGUCACUUGUGGUUCCGGCCAUCAACAAGUCAUCGCUUUGAACCUUUCUUACAUGGGUCUUGUAGGCACCAUUCCUCCACACAUAGGAAACCUUUCAUCUCUUGUCAGUCUUAGCAUCGAAAACAAUAGUUUUCAUGGCUCUCUACCCAACAAGUUGGCCUGUCUUUACAAAUUGCAACACUUAUCCCUUGGAUUCAAUAAGUUUGGCGGAGAAAUCCCGACAUGGAUUGGUUUGUUAACCAAACUUCAAAAUUUGUCGCUACAUGGUAACAAUUUCAGAGGGACUAUUCCAUCAUCUCUAUCUAACAUAUCUUCAUUACAAACUAUUAAUCUUAGUUAUAACCAACUUUCGGGCCCCAUUCCAUCCUCCAUCUUCAACAUAUACAAUAUGAAAAGAAUGGAUCUUGCUGAUAACAUGCUUUCUGGUCCGAUGCCUUCCAUUAUUUCCUACAUGUCUUCACUGCAGUAUUUAUCAUUGACAAAUAAUUAUUUCAGUGGAAGUUUACCUUCAGAAAUUGGAAACUUAAUCAUGCUCUCAGAUUUAUAUCUUUCCGGCAACAACUUUGAAGGUAUGCUUAAUCCUACUUCUGUUGAUGGAUUUAUAUGA